AUGCGCGCACCCACGCUGACGGGCUUCGUGCCUCUCUGGCGCCCCGCAGCGGUUCGCCCACUGCAAUCCCAUGCCCAUCAUACAUCCUUCUUACGAUGCCGCGGCUUUUCCUCAUACUUCGUGAGCCCCAGGGAGCUUGACGAAGCUCUGAAGCAAAACGCUCCCACUGCCAUCUCCACAGCUCCCAAGGUCAUUCCCAUAUGUGCCGCAUGGUUUAUGCCCAAUGAUCCAGAGAAGAGGACAGGUCGACAAGCAUUCCUGAAGAAGAGGAUUCCGACGGCUCGAUUUUUCGACAUCGAUGAGAUCAAAGACCAGGAGUCGGAAUGGCCACAUAUGUUACCGACAUGCGAUGCAUUCGCCGACGCGAUGUCGAAGCUGGGAGUGAGGAGAGAAGACGAAGUGGUCAUCUACGACACAGAAGAGCUCGGCUUGUUCUCCGCCCCUCGAGUGGCAUGGACCAUGCGUGUCUUUGGCCAUCCGAAAGUUCACGUGUUGAACAACUUCCGUGUCUGGGUCCAGGAAGGGUAUCCCGUCGAGACAGGCCCCCCACAAGUCCCGAACAUAACGAAGUAUGCCGUGCCCUCUUACAACACGGACAUGGUGGUGAAGUUUGCAGAAAUGAAGACAAUAGGCUAUGAUCAUGGGAAAGAGGGCUCGGAAGACAUCCAGAUACUUGAUGCCCGAUCUAAGGGCAGAUGGGAAGGAACCGAGCCAGAACCACGAGCAGGGAUCAGAAGCGGACAUAUGCCUGGCUCCACGAGCGUGCCCUUCCAGGAGUUGCUGGAUCCAGACACGAAGACGCUCCUGCCGGGUGAAGAGUUGAGAAAGGUUUUCGAGUCUAAGCAGCUUGACCCUCAAACACCUUUCAUUACCACUUGUGGCACGGGCGUAACGGCAGCUAUCAUCGAGGCUGCCCUUAAGGAGGCAGACUUUGGCACAGAGCAUGAUCGAAGGCUCUACGAUGGGAGCUGGACGUGA